AUGGUCGCAUUCCGUUGGGAGGACCCCGUUUUGGGUAGAGGUGAGUUAUGGGAGGACAGCAGAAGCCUGAUUAAGAGCGGUCUGAUUGAUUGGAGUUCCACUGAGAGGGAGGAAAAUCUAGAGUUCAAGAGAAAGCGUCUAUUACCCAAGCUCGACGGCCUGCUCAUUCACAUCGAACAAGGGAAAGAAGUGAGGGGAGGGGAUGCAGGGGGGUUAGGGGAUGGCGUGGGGGUUGGCUACUCUUCAGGAGACAUACAGUAUGAAUUCAAACUGGGAGUAGAGGAUGAGAAAGAGGAUCUUGCUUGGAAUGCAGUUGACACUGAUGAUGUCACUUCAUUUCGCCGCUCUUCACAAGAGGAGGGGGAUAACAGGGAUUCGGCUCGCUCCGUCCAUCUUAGGGUCAACCGUCCACCCGACUCGGUUCCACGCUCGCCGUGUCCGGAGACUGGCCAUUGUUACUCGGGGUUGCCCUUGGUUACGGCGGUCGCCUUUGUCAGCCGCCGACCACGCUGUGAGGAUUACCGGCGACCGGUCGGCUUUUCCCGAGCUCGCAACCUGGUCCUCACGGGCUGUCGCCAUAGUAACGGCAGCAGCUACAGAGGUUCGCCGCGCACACCGCCACCGCACGACUGCGGGCAGAGCGGGCAAGAGAAAAAAAACGUCGGAAUUGCGUUCGACUGUUCGGAUCGAAUGGAUGAUGCAAGGCCGGAGAGAAAUGGUGAAAUCAAGCGAACGUUGACAUUUGCAGCAUCGCGUCGGGGAAGUGGCUCGCCAGCUGGUGGCGGCGGCGGCUUGGAUUUUGUGUGCAUGCGGUCACGGUCGCAGUUGCGCACGACCUCUUUGUGUGGACAAGGGAGCUCCGGCGUGUGGACGGCGAGGUUCUCCCAGGAGCCGGCAGACCAGUCGGUGGUGCGGGGCCAGAGGGUUAUCCUGUCCUGUGUCGUCUUCAACUACUCGGGUAUUGUCCAGUGGACAAAAGAUGGCCUGGCGUUGGGGAUCGGCGAGGACCUGCGGGCCUGGCCUCGGUACCGGGUGCUGCGGGUCCAGGAGCUGGGCCAGUAUAACCUAGAGAUCUUGUCAGCUGACCUGUCUGAUGACUCCUUGUAUGAGUGCCAAGCGCCUGAUGCCGCCUUGAGGUCCAGGAGGGCCAAGCUCACCGUCCUAAUCCCCCCUGAUGACCCUGUGAUUGACGGCGGUCCGGAGGUUCUGCUCAACGCGGGGGAGUCCUAUAACCUCAGCUGUGUGUCUCGAGGCGCCAAACCACCUUCGAUGAUCGAAUGGCUUAAAGACGGCUUACCUAUAGAUGGCGCCGUCAGUGGCACUGAGGUUCUUCCAGACCGCAAGAGGGUUACCACGCGCAGCUUUCUACCCAUCCACCCCAUCGACACAGACACAGGGAGAAACUACAGCUGCGUGGCGUCCAACCUGGCGGCCCCCGCAGGCAGAAGCACAACCGUUACCCUCAACGUGCACCAUCCACCGACAGUGACCUUGUCCAUUGAGCCUCGCUCUGUCCUAGAGGGCGACAGAGUAACCUUCACUUGUCAGGCCCAUGCCAAUCCACCAAUUAUGGGCUACAGGUGGGCCAAAGGUGGUGUGGUGCUGCAGGGCGCGAGGGAAAGCGUAUUGACCACCAAAGCGGACCACUCCUUUUUCACCGAGCCCGUUUCUUGCCUGGUCUUCAACGCCGUGGGCAAGACCAACGUCAGCAUCCUCGUGGACGUUCACUUCGGUCCCAUUCUCUUGGUGGAACCUCAGCCCAAAACGGUGGACGUCGACUCGGACGUCACCCUCAACUGCAAAUGGGCCGGAAACCCCCCACUCACGCUUACGUGGUUUAAAAAAGGUUCCAACAUGGUUCUGAGUAACAGUAACCAACUCUACCUGAAGUCCGUGAGCCAAGCCGACGCGGGACAGUACGUAUGCAAGGCCAUUGUGCCGCGAAUCGGCGUCGGCGAGACCGAGGUCGCCCUCACCGUCAAUGGCCCUCCGAUUAUCUCCAGCGACCCCAUCCAGUACGCAGUGCGAGGGGAGCGCGGCGAGGUCAAAUGCUACAUUGCGAGCACCCCUCCUCCAGAUAAAAUUGUGUGGGCGUGGAAGGAGAACGUGUGGGAAGAGGAGAAGGGAACUCUUCUGGAGCGCUACACGGUGGAGCAAAGCAGAACGUCAGCAGACGGCGGCGGCGUCCUCUCAACCCUCACCAUCAAUAACGUGAUAGAGUCAGACUUUCUGACCACGUACAACUGCACGGCCUCCAACUCCUUCGGGCCCGGGACCAUGAUCAUCACACUGGAGGAGACUGAAGAGGCCCCCGUGGGGUUAAUAGCUUGCGUGACGGUGGGCGCCAUCAUCCUUUUGUUCAUCUUCCUCCUGGUUUUUGUGCUCAUCUUCUACCGUCAACGCAAAGGCAGUCGGCGAGGUGUCACGCUGGGAAAGCCGGACAUUAAGGUGGAAACGAUCAACAAGGAGAGCCACAGCUUAGAGGAGGACUCGGGCAGCGUGUCCACCGCCUCGCGCAUGGUGAAGGCGAUGUACUCCUUUCUCCCCUCUGUGUCCUUCUCUCCCUCCAACCAGCCCUUUAAGGAUGACAUCGAGCUUAAGUCGGACCUCCGUAGCGACACCCUGGACACCCGCCAGGAGUAUGACCUGAAGGAUCCCACCAACGGCUACUACAACGUACGAGCUUCCACACUUGACGAAGGUCGCCCCGCCUCGCGAUCCACCGUGCACUACUCCGACUAUCGGUCCCCUACUGGUACUCCAGGAGGGGCUGCGUCCAUCAGCGGCAGCAGCGCGGGUGGCUCGGGAGCCACGGCUAGCGGCGGAGCCCCCGGCCCGGGUCCCCUCACCUCCCCGGGCCGCCCGCAGGCCUGCUACGACCCGCGGCCGCCCUCCAGACUGUCGCACAUCAGCUACGCGCAGUUCAACACUUUCACCCGCGGGGGCCAGAGCCAACAAGCGCCUGGCAACCCCGCUCCCACUGCCGGUGACUUCCCCGGGGACUGCAGCUUGCUGGAUUCCACCUCCCAGCUGGCGUACGACAACUACGGCUAUCCGUCGCAUUACCAGACCUACCGGAUGGGGUUCGCCCCGUCCAGCCUGGCCCCGCUGGAGUCCGGCCCCUCGUACGAGAUGUACGGGGUAGGAUCGGGAGUGGCCGGUCCCGGCGUCGGCGUGGGCCCCGCGCCAUCGGGCUCGGACGCCGGACUCGGCAAGUACGGCAGCUCCACUCGUUUCUCCUACACGUCGCAACACUCCGACUACACCCACAGCCGACACACGCAGAGGAUGCAGACUCACGUGUGA